UUUUUUUUUUAAUAGUUUUUUUUUUGUGUACAUCAAAAAAAAAAAAGAAUCGGGAAAUUAAAUUCCCAAAAAAAGUUGGCUCGAGCGAAAUAGAAUAAAAUAAGAGAAAUUCAUUUCAUCUCUCUUUCUCUUUUUAUUUUAAUUUUAAUUUUAUAUUCAUACAUAUUUUAACAAUGAGUAUGUUAUCUGUUCAUAGCAUGUUGAAUACUAAAUGCAAAAGAAGACCUUCUGUUCUCGAUAUAAAUAAUUUAUUAUGUUCAGAUGAAAUGAUAGAUCAAAAAAGUCCUUCACUUUCACCUUCUUUAACUUCAUCUCCAGCAAGCAUAUCUUCCUUUACAACGAAUUAUACAUUUCAAAAACAACAACCAGCUGAUAACUGGAAUCAUCAUAAAUCACAUCCUCCUUCAAUACAAUAUAUAAAUUUAGCAUCAAGUAAUAGUCAUCAUGGGGAUGAUUAUGAGGAUGUUGAAGAAGAAGAAGAAGAAGACUAUGAAGAUGAAAAUCAUAUUAAAGCUAAAAGAAGAAGAGCCAAUGUAAAACAACUCGAAGUAUUAAAUCGUGUAUUCAAUCGUACCUUUUUCCCUUCAACUCAAAUGAGGGCUGAAUUAGGUCGACAAUUAGGUAUGAGUCCUCGUACAGUACAAAUUUGGUUUCAAAAUCGUCGUCAAGCGAUGCGUACAAGAGAACGCCAAAGAUUAAUAAAGCUUCGUAACAAUCAUGAAACAGCAAAAUCAAACUAAAAAUUAACUUUAUGUCAUUAAUUUUCCCGCCAUUUAUUAUUAUUCAUUUUACUUUUCUUUUUUUUUUUUUUUUAAUUUUUUUAUUUAUUAAUUUUUUUUU